CAUUUUAUGUUUUUGAAUAAUAGCCGGAGCUAGUGUGGCGAAGUGUGUAGCUAUCUGUGAAAUCAGCCCGGAGCUCAACCCUCCGCACAGCCUCUAGCGCCCUGGAAAGGAGCCGCUUUUGACCGAGUUGGAUUUAAAGGCGCUUUCAGAGAUAUGGACUCAGAACCACCAAGCUCUCCACAGGUGGUGGAGGAUGGAGGUGAGGAGGAUGAGGAGGAGAUGAGCGGAGGGGAGGAAGCAGACUUGCGGUCCAGCUCUGGCCGAGGGUCCCUGCUGACCCGGAGAGGCAUCACCCUGCGAGUUCUGCUGAAAGAUGGCCUAGUGGAGCCGGGGGAUGGCGUGCUGGCCAUCCACUACCUGGGUAAGAACUUUGUGGGGGACCUGUUGAAUGAUGGGAAAAUCCGAUGGGUGGAGACGGGCCAGAUCUUCAACUCUCCUAGCGCCUGGGCAACGCACUGCAAGCGUCUGGUCAACCCAGCCAAGAAGUCUGGCUGCGGCUGGGCAUCUGUGCGCUACAGGGGACAGAAGCUGGUCCAGUACAAAACCACCUGGCUACACAAGUACCAACCCAGCGCAGACAUGAGCCUGGUGAGUGAGGAGGAUGAUGAUGAGGAUGAAGAAGAAGGGAAAACGGCUGUGCAGGCAGAUGAGAAGAACAAAAACACCAAACUUGGAUUACAUGACGUUAUGGUUUCAAGGAGAACUGACAGAGAGCGGAUUCCUGUCAGAUAUUGCACCUUGGGCACCAGGGAUGCUGCCAGAGAUCCACACACACUGGUGGAGCUGUCAGCCUUCUCAGCCAUCAACAGAUUCCAGCCUUUCAAUGUAGCCGUGUCCAGUAAUGUACUGCUGCUAAUGGACUUCCACUGUCACCUGACCACGAGUGAGGUAGUGGGAUACCUCGGAGGACGAUGGGACACCAAUACACAACUGUUGACAGUCUUAAGGGCUUUUCCCUGUCGAACCAGGCUGGCUGACAGAGACUCUGCUUCUGCUGUUGAGGAGGAGAUCUGUCAGAACCUGUUCAUGCGUGGGUUGUCGUUGGUGGGCUGGUACCACAGCCACCCGCGAGGUCCGGCCCUGCCGUCUCUGCAGGACAUUGACUCUCAGAUGGACCACCAGCUGAGGCUGCAGGGUUCUAACAAUGGCUUCCAGCCCUGCCUGGGCAUAAUCUGCGGACCAUACUAUCACGGUAAUCAAGGUGUGGCGUCCACAAUAACCCCAUUCUGGGUCGUACCACCUCCUGAGGUGAGGACACAGCAACGGUCUAAUGACUAUGGUAUCCCAGUGGCUGUAGAGGUCACCUACGUACAGGACAACUUCCUCACCAGUGAUGUACUUAAUGAGAUGAUGCUGCUGGUUGACUACUACAGGGCAGCUCCAGACCUUGUUCAUUUCAGCCAGUACUGGUGUCCUGAUACGACCAUGAUGGACAAGAUCAAGGGCUCCCUGAGUUGCCAUGCCCCCAAAGACCAGGCAUACUCUCAGAUCUUAGAGCACGUCUACAGUCAGCUGAUCAACCUGCAGUGAGCAGUGAUCUGCUCUGCAUGCGUGCAUGUGGCCGCUAUGCGUCUCAAAGUCCUUCCACUUCAAAAAACCUGUUGUGCAGAGCUGAUGAGCGUACAAUGUUAAAAAAACCUGCUUGAAAAAACAUAUAGAUGCCUUGAAAACGCUCAUCCUCGAGCGGUACUUAAUUUUUGAUACAGCAUUAUUGUCAGUUCAACACUGAAGGCACAAAACCUGUGAAGUUCGUACUAACCACUGAUGAAAACCAAGAAAUGCACAACUGAUGCACAAAACCAGACCAGAGAACAUGAGACUAAAGAGUGAUAAAAAAAAAAACAUUAUGUUGCCGAAGGACACUAAAGAUUUUAAGGACCAGAAGUCAGCCUGUGUUUAUGCCUCAUACCUUUUACAAAUGGACCUAUAUGUGCCUAUCUGUGCCAGUAUCCUGUGGUAUGAACAGAUAUUGCCAGAUAUGUACAAUGUUUAUGUUUAAUGUGUUGUAAUUGCCUUUUUAGACUAAAACCAAUGAGGCAUUUGGGAAAUAAAGUGAUAAUGAGUAGGGCAAAAUAUACUACAUUAGCAAAGUAUGCAAAUAUUUCUUGGUUUGACCUAAACUGUACUUUACAUUAGGUUUUGUGAAUGUUUAGGUUUCUCAAGUAAAAUUAGAGGGUUACAAUGUGGUGCAGGUGAUUCCAUUAUGCCGAGCAAGUCUUUGUUAUUUUGUUUUGUUUAUCCAGUAGCCUAAUGAACCGGGUGUGUGUGUGUGUGCUGUGUUGUGAAUGUGCCCCUCUACUGUUGGUUGGGACAGAUAUUUGCCCCUCUUUACCUGUACUGUAUUUAUUACUAACUGUGGAUUGUUUGAUGAACAUGUAUGAAGACAGAGCAAUGCCUUAAGCCUGCUGAUUGAUGAUCCACAAAACAUUAAAAUAUACACACUGGAACUA